AUGCAAAACAGUGCCUAUGGAUAUGCACGACUCGACCGGGAGAAAGGAGAUGGGCUGCUUCGCAUAAAUAGCGCCGGUGCUAGCGAUGGAGCACAGUGUGUAGCAAUGGUUACGCGAGCUGGUGACGCGAAGCACCUACACGUGAACAUCGAUCCUGGCGAGCUGCCUGGCAUGACCUAUAGCAAAGACGUUGGUCCUUCCACUUGCUAUGAAGACCCGGCUCCUCGGUUCCUCAUCAUGCGUUGGAAAACAGUGUCCUGGGCAGUGGCGUAUGCAUGCGAACAAGUCCCGGGGCUUCUUUGUGCCCAAUAG